AUGGUUGCAGUUGUGUGUAUAUCCACCACUUCCUCAGGCCUUACAAAGGCUGAUCCUGAUCCAGGUUUUGUUUCUCUUGAUUUGACCCUCAACUUCAAUCUCACUGAUGAAGAGUUGUUGAAAGAUGAAGAGUUGUUGAAAGGCACAAGUGACGCCAACAGUGAAGUAGGAACCAAAAACCACUCAGCCUCAGCAAAUCCUAGAGUUUUCUCUUGUAACUAUUGCCGGCGCAAGUUCUUCAGCUCACAGGCAUUGGGAGGACACCAGAAUGCUCACAAGAGGGAGAGGACAAUGGCAAAGCGCGCAAUGCGAAUGGGAAUGUUCACCGGAAGGUGCACAAGCCUAGCAUCUCUGCCACUCCAUGGUUCCACUUUUCGGUCCCUUGGACUUGAAGCUCACGCAGCAAUGCACCAACACCAAGGACAUGUGCAUCCACUGAAGGCUCCUGAUGUGAGAGCUGCAGCGAAAUUCGGUAAAGACUGCUUGAGGCCGACUCCGAUCUUUGUUGAAGAUGAUGAUGUUGGUCUGUUUUGGCCUGGCAGUUUCAGGCAGAUAGAUAAAAGGAGUAAUGGUGGUGCUAAUUUGAAGCAUGAUGAUCAUGCUCAUAAUUCAGAUACUAGUUUUAUAGCAACUGCACCUCCAGCACAAACAUCUGCAUCUCCUGAUCUCACUCUGAGGCUUUAGCUUUAAGAUUUUGCAUUCAAAUACUAGUUUUGUGGCAUGCACACACAAAUCUGUAUCUCACUGUAAAGCUUUGAACCUCUUUAAUCCUUAGUUUCAUUGUCUUUUUUUGGAAUUUAAAUUAUUGAUUUAUGGUGAUUGUACUGUAUAGUGAGACUUGUAUUUCCAUUGGCGUAUUUAGCUUUUUUUGAAUC